GUGAGAAAGCGGAAACCCGACAAGGCGAGACCUGAAAAACUCCCCAAAGGCAACCCGACCGCACGACCAGCACGCCAUACCACUAAAUGCCUUCCUGGGCCUGGGGCCAUCAGGGGUAACGCCCCCAAGCACCGACCACACACACAGAAGGGUCCACACCAACAAAAAGCACCCUUACAUGGCAGAGACCCCUGCAAUCUAAACCUAGACCCAAGGAGAGGCAGGGUUAGAGGCAACAUGGUGCAGGCUUUGGAGCAGACCCGGGGCAUGGGAAGUGUCUCACCACAACAUAACAGCACAACCCGCUACACGGAGUUGCUGAGGCACCGAGGAACCCCUGAGGCAUCCGAGCAAGCC